AGGAUUCGCUGUAGAUUGUUAACCCAUCACCAAUGGAAAGGCUGAUUCAGUUACUGCUUUUCUCAGGAUUCUGGACGUUCACACAGAGCAACUCAAAUAAAUUUGUUCUCAUCCAGGAGAAUAAGACCUGGACCAAUGCACAAGCUUACUGCAAAAAGUAUCACAUUGACUUGGCCACAAUUGCAAGCACUGAAGACCAGACAAGUGUACGAGAAGCGGUUAGCACUGCGCUGCCUGCAUUGGCCUGGACUGGACUGUACAGAAACACUAACACUUGGGGGUGGACUUAUCAGUUAAGGAAUGCCAUAUUCACAUUCUGGAAGCCUGGACAGCCAGACAACUCUGAUGGAAAAUCGGAUUGUGGUGUCAUCAGUGCCAGUGGAUGGGAUGAUAUAUCAUGCGGUCAAAUGUUUCCAUUUUUUUGCUUAAAUGCGAACACAGCAGACCGAUUUGUUUUCAUCCCUCAAAACAAGUCACAGGCAGAUGCUAGGGCUUACUGCACAAAGUAUCACACAGAGCUGGCCAUGAUUUUGAAUCAAACUGAAAAUGACCUGCUGGUGAAUAUGACGGUAGGAUAUGACAAAGCAUGGAUUGGUCUGUUUAAGGACGCUUUUAGGUGGUCAGAUAAAACAAUGAACACGUUCCCCAGAAACUGGAGCCCUGGACAACCUGACAUGACUGGCCCAUACCCACUUUGUAUCGCUACAACUCUUGAUGGAUUUGAUGAUCGAUUCUGCACAGAGACCCUUCCAUUUAUCUGCUUACGUUAUUCAAAGAAUAAGAUCAUGAGAGUGGAGUUGAAAUCGAGUCAGAAUCCAAAUGACCCUGCGGUGAUGGAGAGAAUCUUACUGUUGAUGAAGCAGAAACUGAAGGAUCGUGGGAUAGGGAAUGACACAACAUUGACAUGGAAAGUUCAGCCAGAUGGAAAUGUUUUCUCAUCAAAAAAUGAAAGUGAAAAGGGCCAGACACCCUCGGAAAGGGGGGUGGGGGCACCCGUCGGGGCAGAGAACCUGGCCAUUGCGCACCCGAAGGGUCCCAACGGGCAUAUGCCUUUCCUCACGCCCCGCAGACUUCAAAUGGCCCAGGCUUCCUCACAGCCCCCUGGGUCUCGAUCCGGCUUCUUUCCAAAUCCUUGGCGGCAUCCAACCAUCACCGGCACAGCACACCAUCACCAGAGGACCACAGCCAAAAAAAAACACAGUCACCAAGCACUCGUUCUCUUUCCGUGGAGCUCUGCUAUACGAAACAGCCCCGACUCUUUCCUCUGCGCUUCUCUUGGGCCCGCACUCUUUCCGUCUGCUCUUAGAGCAUUCCCCGGAUCAACGGCGCCCUCGGCGCUUUACAGGAAGUGUAAAUCGAGGUCCGCUUUAGGCGGAGCAGAGCUCGCCCCGGAAAUCAACUCUUCCUCUCGAACGUCCCUUCUGUGUUUUUCUGGGCCUAUUUAUGUGUCCCUUCUGCCUGCAUCCUCCAAUCGUGAGCCGCCAUCCACAUCCUCCACACCUGUUUCUCGUGAGCUCAAAUUGUGCUGCCAUGGGAACCAGGAAGUAAAAUGA